AUGCAGUCUGGUAUCUCCGCUUCCCAGGAGCUCAAAUCCGCCGUCGGCAGCCUCAUAACCUCAAGCUCGCAACGCGGAAUCCUAGCCACAAUCCAAAGCGAAACUAUCAUCCCCAGCGACACCAUAUCCUCGUCAGCAUCGACUUUCCUCGCCGACCUCUCCAAUCUCCAAUCCCACAUCCAGCCCAAUGCCGCACUCUACAUCCUCCUCCGCCGCGCCGACUCGCUCUCCUCGCCCGACAAAUCUCUCGUAGCCGUAACAUACGUACCCAAUGCCGCGCCCGUACGCCAGAAAAUGCUCUUCGCAUCCACGCGCCUCACUCUCGUGCGUGAACUAGGCGGAGAGCAUUUCAGCGAGAGUGUCUUCACGACCGAAGCAUCAGAGCUCACGCCGGAGGGCUGGGAGAAACACAUUGCGCACACAGCGUCUGAUAAUCCGCUGACAGCGGAGGAACAGUCGCUGCAGGAUAUCAAGGAUGCCGAGGCCCUGGAGAGCAGAGGCACACGCGGCCAGGGUCUGGCCCAAGGAGGCAGAAUCGCCAUUCGGGCUGAUGAUGAGAUUGGCGGGGCGUUGAAGAAGUUGGGACAGGGUGGAACGGAUAACCUCGUGCAAUUGCGCAUGGACGGCGCGUCGGAGACGCUGCAGCUUGUGUCUUCUUCGUCAGCGACGCCUUCGACUCUCUCACGGGCUAUCGAUGCCAAGGAGCCGCGGUACUCGUUCUACCGUCAUGAUGACGCUGCCGCGAGUAUCGUAUUUAUCUCGACGUGUCCGAGCGGAGCGAAGAUUAGGGAGAGGAUGCUGUAUGCAGCGAGUAGGGGUAAUGUGGUCAGUCUGGCGCAGAACGAUGGUGGGCUCAAGGUGGAGAAGAAGAUUGAGGCGACGGAUCCGGAUGAGAUUACUGAGCAGGUUAUCCUGGACGAGUUUAAGGUGGAGAAGAAGGAGGAGAGCAAGGGUUUUGCGAAGCCAAAGAGACCUGGACGGCGGUAG